CCCCUCCCAUGCACGCACGGCGUCCCCCUCCUGCAGCAGCAGCAGCAGCAGGCCGCGCGCAGGAAGGAAGUCAUCGUGCACGGCAGCAGCCAGUCGGCGUCUCGUGCAGCUAGAAUGACAUAGCGGGCGAUCAAGAAGAAAAGGAGAAACCGGGCCUCGACGCAUUUUUUUUUUGGGAAGCCUUGACACAUCCACUUGGCCAACGAUGCUCAUCAAAGAAUUUCGGGUGAUCCUACCUAUCUCUGUGGAGGAGUACCAAGUGGGCCAGCUGUACUCGGUGGCCGAGGCCAGCAAGAACGAAACGGGAGGCGGCGAAGGCGUGGAGGUGCUGAAAAAUGAGCCUUAUGAGAAAGAUGGAGAGAAGGGGCAGUACACACACAAAAUCUAUCACUUGCAGAGUAAAGUGCCGUCCUUUGUCAGAAUGUUAGCUCCUGCUUCAGCCCUCAACAUCCACGAGAAAGCCUGGAACGCGUACCCAUACUGUCGCACAGUCAUCACUAAUGAAUACAUGAAGGAGAACUUCCUGAUCAAAAUUGAGACGUGGCACAAACCUGACCUAGGACGCCAGGACAAUGUGCACGGUUUGGAUGCAGAAACCUGGAAGAAGGUGGACGUAGUCUAUAUUGACAUCGCCGACAGAAGCCAAGUAGAGCCCAAGGACUACAAGCCAGAGGAGGAUCCCUGCAGGUACAAGUCAGUGAAGACUGGACGAGGCCCUCUUGGACCGGACUGGCGGAAGGAGCUUCCCAACAAGAAAGACUGCCCACACAUGUGUGCCUACAAGCUGGUUACAGUCAAGUUCAAAUGGUGGGGCUUGCAGAACAAAGUGGAGAGCUUCAUCCAAAAGCAAGAGAAGCGCCUGUUCACCAACUUUCACCGUCAGUUGUUCUGCUGGAUCGACAAGUGGAUCGACUUGAACAUGGAGGACAUCCGCCGCAUGGAGGAGGAGACACGCAAGGAACUGGACGAGAUGCGAGUGAAGGACCCUGUGAAAGGCAUGGUAGCCAUAGAGGACUGAGGUCUACCCUGAGACAGUGAAUGCUGCUGCUCAUCAGUGCGCGAGCCCCCAUUUUCUCUCUUACAGACCCAACUACCCAGACACCAGCCGAUUCACGACGUCCUCCUGUCUCAGACCACGCGACAUCCGGCCAUCGCCCUCCCCCCCCCCCCUCCCCUCCCUACCGGGUCCAACCCUGACCUCUCGCUCAGUACUGCCCGCUUUUCUGGAGCUGGACCCCUCAUCUCUCGUGCCCUUCCCUACCCACACACCGUUGACCGACGGCUCCGUUGGCCGGUGCCUGGUAGAAAAUCAAUAGGUCCAUUUAUUCAAUGAUUCAUUCCCCAAACCACAGAGAGUUAUUCAUUUCUGCCAUUUAGGAUUUAAUGAAGCGAUUCCGAUGUUGUUUCAUGUAUACACAUUAUGGCGGGUGAGGAGUGGGGUCUAGUUAUUGUAUUGAAUAAUGCAGUAUUUAUAUACUGUACAUUACAUAUAUAUAUAUAUAUAACAACAGGGUUUUUAAUAUGAUUUUAUCAGUAAUUCUGUGGACAUUUUUUUCUCUCCACCAGUUGCUAUGUGUUUCAUUUUUCAUCUUUUAUUUCCUUUAGUGUGUCUUUGUUUGGUCAAAAGUUCUGUUUCGUUUUUGUUUUUUCCCCUGGUAAUAUUCUGCUGCUUUGUGACAUUGUGUGUGUGUGUCUGUGCGUGCGGGUGUGAUCUUGUAUUUUUUUCCAAAUGAAGCAAACAUACUCUCCAUGAAUAAAUUAAUUAAAGUGUUAAAAUCCAUUUUUACCGAGAAGCACAGUUUAGUACUUAUUCAUGUUUAUCUUGGCAAAAUUUUGCCUCCGCUUAUCAAAAACAGUCGCAUUCACUGCCUUUGACGGCAAUAGACGUCCAAUCCAUUUGUAUCCACCCUGAAAAUAUGAACUUUAGCACUCUUUUCCCAAUGUUUUUCCAGGGGAAAUAUGGUAAUUUUCAAAUGAAGUACCAUUCAUUUUUUAUUGUCGAAUGUUGUGAAGUGUACUGAAGAAAUAUUUUUUAACAAUGAUAGCCGUCCAAACAUGUGUCUCUUUUACAUCCUUCUGCUGUGAAUUAAAAGGGGUUUAUCACAUGGGUUCAUUCGUUGCCAACCCUCCGACUUCAAAUGGAUUGGACGUCUGUCAUCGUCAAUGGCAGCCAUCGAGUUAACUGUAUUUUGUGACAUAGAUGUCACUAUGUCAUAAUACGGUUGAUAUCAAAAUGAUAUUGAAUGACGGAACUCGGCUUCAGUUUGUCACCUUCUCUCCAGUGGAUAAAUGAGCUUAUCCAGUGAUAGCAAUAACUGCCAUGACAACUAAAACGUCCCAAAAACAUUUUUUUUUUUUGUUUCAAGGAGUUUUAAAAACAUGCAGUAAUUUUAAUAUAGGUUCAUAAGACUGUCAAAAUUAUGACAUGACACCUGUCAUGGGCGUGAACGAAUGCUUAUGGAAGAUGUCAUUAACUUACUGACUGCCAUUGAUGGCAAUAGACGGCAAUUCCUGGCAUUGAGUCAUUCGAUUGCUGUUAAUUUAUGAAGUAAAAAUUAAGCUGAUCUAACAGUAGGAAGGUUCUUGAUGUGUUUCCUGAGUAUCAGUGAUGGAAGUGGUAGUAUUCCAAAGUCAGGGUGGGUUCAAUAUAAAAGACGUUUUUUUUUUUUUUUAGCAACUUUGUUUAGUCUAAUCAAUAAAUUUCUGGAAUAACAUGUUAGCCGUUUUAACAGUAGGAAGGUUUGUUGAUUUAAUUUCUUAGUGUCAGUGUUCUUAGUGGAAAUAUGCCAGUUAGGUGUGGUCAAUGAAAAAACAGCUCAUUCUGAAAGUAACUGCGGUUCGUUUAUCAACUUCAAUACAGUCAGUCAAUUGUCAUCUAUAAAUGAUGUCCAUUUUCAAGCAAAGUUGAGAGAAACAGCUGCAGUUAGAUCUGAAAGGAGGCCGUUCCUAAUAUUUUGAUCAUCACCAACCAAAAUAUUAGGCGCAGCUUCCAUUCAGAUCUAACUGAAGGUGUUCCUGUAAAUAUUGCAUCAAAAGUGAUAUCAUUUACUGUGUUCAUGUUCAUAUGUCAUAAUUAUGACAGUCUUAUGAACUCCCACUCAAAUGAAGACAAAGAAAUAAAUUCCAAAAAUGUUUUUAAUGUAUUUGCAGUGUGUGCAUGAGCGUACAUGCAUGUGUUUGUGUGGCGUUCAGUGCUGUGACUAUGUUGUACAUGUUUGUACAAAAUGUCCGAGCGAGACGAUUCAGUUGUUUUGUUCAAUAUGUCGAGAACCCUGAAAGAUAUUUGUGGAGUCAUAAAAAAAGAGGAUGAAAAUAAACAACACAAUCGCCAUCAACUCUCAGAACUUUGAAUCCAUUUUCAGACCACCACAAAGGAUUGUACCGUACUCCCCACACAAGGACCACGUUGCAGGACUCUAUGGGAAAAAAAAACAUUUUAUUUCUUUGUUUUAAAUGUUGUCGUAGUGCUGUUGUCAUUCAAAGUCAAACAUUGCUAAGAGGGAAAUCACUAAAGCCACUUGAGAAUUAACAUUUAUUUCCGAUUGAAAGGCCGGAAUUGUAACAACAACACCCUCAAAUAGAGUUUUUAUGCCCCGACGACUAUCUCACUCGUAUGUAAGCUUGCCCCUUGCUUUUUCUUGACCUUUUCUUGUGGAUUUGUGCCUUUUUUUGUUGUCAUCUUAAUCUUCCAAUAACACAUUGUACAUUGGAAACGUGAAUUGAGGAAAUGAAUAAAACAACAAAAAGAAAAGAGCAAAGAA